AUGCUAAAAAUCAUUGUCCCAACAAUUAUAUUAUUCCCAGUAACUUGAUACUCAAACAACUCUAAAAUCUGAAUCAACACAACCUCCUACAGCUUAUUAAUCAGCUUCAUAGGCCUAUCCUUCCUAAACCAGCCUAACAACAACAGCAAUAACUUCUCUAUAAACUUUUUCUCCGAUCCACUAUCAUCGCCACUUCUAAUUUUAACAAUAUGAUUAUUACCUCUUAUAAUUAUAGCAAGCCAAUACCACCUCAAAAAAGAACCCUGACUUCGCAAAAAGUCCUAUCUAUCCAUACUAAUCUCCCUACAAAUAUUCCUAGUUAUAACAUUCACCGCCAAUGAACUAAUCCUAUUCUACAUUCUAUUUGAAGCUACAUUAAUUCCAACUCUUAUCAUCAUCACCCGCUGAGGUAACCAGACAGAACGACUAAAUGCAGGAUUAUACUUCCUAUUUUACACCCUCAUUGGAUCCCUACCACUUCUCGUAGCACUAAUCCACUUACAAAACUCUAUAGGCUCACUAAACCUUCUAACAAUAAAUUUUUGACUCAAAGAAUUACCCAACUCAUGAUCAAGCAAUCUACUAUGAAUAGCAUGCAUUAUAGCAUUUAUAGUCAAAAUACCACUAUAUGGUUUCCACCUGUGACUACCAAAAGCCCAUGUAGAAGCACCCAUUGCUGGCUCAAUAGUCCUUGCAGCCGUACUCCUAAAACUAGGUGGUUAUGGUAUAAUACGAAUUACUAUCAUCCUUGAUCCUACAACAAAAGCUAUAGCAUAUCCAUUCCUUAUACUAUGCUUAUGAGGGAUAAUUAUAACUAGCUCUAUCUGCCUACGACAGACAGACCUAAAAUCACUCAUUGCCUACUCAUCCGUCAGUCACAUAGCAUUAGUCAUCGUAGCUAUUCUCAUCCAAACUCCAUGAAGUUUCAUGGGAGCAACAGCCCUAAUGAUCGCCCAUGGACUUACAUCAUCCAUACUAUUCUGCCUUGCCAACUCAAACUAUGAACGAAUCCACAGCCGAACCAUAUUAUUAGCACGAGGACUUCAAACCCUUCUACCCCUCAUAGCAACCUGAUGACUACUAGCAAGCUUAACCAACCUAGCUCUACCCCCCUCCAUUAAUCUAAUCGGGGAAUUAUUUGUAAUAAUAGCAUCCUUCUCAUGGUCAAAUAUUUCAAUCAUCCUAAUAGGCUUAAACAUAUUAAUCACCGCCCUCUACUCCCUUUACAUACUAAUCACCACACAACGAGGAAAACCUACAUUCCAUACACAUAACCUCAACCCUUCAUUCACACGAGAAAACACCCUAAUAUCCAUACAUAUACUUCCCCUACUAUUCCUCACCCUAAAUCCCAAAACUAUCCUAGGCCCAACAUUAUGUAGA